AAACCGAUAAGUUCGCGUUUUCUGUUCUCUCUCGCUCGCAGAAGCUUUUUCUCUCUUUCUCUUGCUCGCGCUUGCCUGUGGAUUCCGACGGAGUCCUCAAUCUUGUGCUACCAUGCCUCCAAAGUUUGAUCCCUCGCAGGUCGUAGAUGUUUACGUCAGAGUUACCGGUGGUGAGGUCGGUGCGGCGAGUUCUCUCGCUCCCAAAAUUGGUCCUCUUGGUCUCUCUCCCAAGAAGAUCGGAGAAGACAUUGCCAAAGAAACUGCUAAGGAUUGGAAGGGUCUUCGUGUGACCGUGAAGCUUACCGUCCAGAAUCGACAGGCCAAGGUCUCUGUAGUCCCGUCGGCAGCAGCUUUGGUAAUCAAAGCCCUCAAGGAGCCCGAGAGAGAUAGAAAGAAGACCAAGAACAUCAAACAUUCUGGAAACAUUUCUCUUGAUGAUGUGAUCGAGAUUGCAAAAGUAAUGAAACCCAGAUCAAUGGCUAAGGAACUAAGCGGUACGGUGAAGGAGAUUCUGGGUACCUGCGUCUCCGUCGGAUGUACGGUUGAUGGAAAGGACCCUAAGGAUCUGCAGCAGGAGAUUACCGAUGGCGACGUUGAGAUUCCUCAAGAUUGAUGAUAGUAUCGAGUGAGAAAUUGUUGGUUUCGUCCAUUUUUUUUCUCCUGUUAGUCGAAUUUUGUUGAAAACAUACUUUUCGAUCGUAAUUUUUUUUUUAGUACUUUCUUUCAA